AUGGUUGAAGGAUCAGAUUUACUAGAUUUGCUUGAUAGUAGUAUAGAUGAUGAUAAUAAUCAUCAUCGUCAAAAAACUGCUAAGUCAGCUUCAUUUUUGUCUACACUGAGUGAUGAUUCUCUUAUCGAGUACAUCAAUAAAGUAUCACAACAACUAGACUCUACGAAACCACAGUCUGGCUCUGAAGAUGAGCGUAAUGAAUCCGUUGAACCACAGAAAAAUUAUGGCAGAGAUACUUACUUCCAAGAAAAGGCUUUAAAGCAAUCAAAAGAAGAUGAAUUACUUAAAAGAAGGUACGAAUCUAUAGGUAAAGCUACUUCUAACCUUUUUAAGGACUUGACCGUUUACAUCAAUGGUUACACUAGACCCAGUAGAUUUCAAUUACAUGAAAUGAUUGUACUCAAUGGAGGAAAAUUUUUACAUCAUUUAUCUGCAAAACGUAGCGUAACUCAUAUAAUUGCAUCCACACUUACUUUAAAGAAAAAAAUUGAAUUUGCAAAUUAUAAGGUAGUUAAACCAGAAUGGUUGGUCGAUUCAAUCAAGGUUAAAAAAUUGUUACCUUGGCAAGAUUAUUCAAUAGUCACUAGUAUUGAUCAAGAUCAACUACAACUGACAACUUUCUUAAAUAAAGAUAAUAUUCAAACUACAAAUUGUAAAGAUCCCAACUUUUUGAAAGAAUAUUUUGCACAUUCAAGAUUGCAUCAUCUUUCAAAUUGGAAAGCGCAAUUAAGGGCAAGCUUUUUGACAUCAUUUUCGAGUAAUAAAAAAAAAGCUAUAGAUAUUAAUAACAUUAAUAUCCUUCAUGUUGAUUUUGACUGUUUUUUCGUCACUGUAUCGUAUCUUUACCGAGAUAAAUCGAAAUUUAUAUGCGAUAUCGAUAGAGAUCCAAUUGUAGUAUGUUAUGGUACUCAAAAUUCCGAAAUUGCUAGCUGUAAUUACGUCGCAAGAAGUUUUGGCAUUAAAAACGGUAUGUGGGUGACAGAUGCUAAGGUUCUCUUGGCAAAUUCAGGUUUAAGUCUCGUUGCAUUACCUUAUAAAUUUGACGAAAUCGAAUCCACAUCAAAUAAAUUUUACGAAAUUUUAAAUAACUUCUCCAAGUUUUUGCUCGUAUUACCCAUUUCUAUAGAUGAGGCUAUAUGCAUUGUGGAAGAUACACACGAUGAAAAUUUUUAUGAACUGUGUGAAACUGUUCGUGAAAUUGUUUUCAGAGAAACGGGCGGUUGUACCGUCAGUGUCGGUUGUGCAAAUUCUUUGGUCAUGGCAAGAUUAGCUUUGAAAAAAGCUAAACCGAAUGGAUAUUUCAUAGUAGAUAAAGAACUGAUAUCAGAUGAUAACUUCUGGUCAUGCUUCAGAAUUGAUGAUUUGCCAGGAGUUGGCUAUUCUACUGUGUAUAAGAUCAAAGAGAAUUUUGAUAGUAUUGAAAACUUAAGGGAUUUGAAGUAUAAUGUGACACUCAAUCAAUUGAAGUCAAAAGUUGGCAUUAAAUUAAGCGAAAAGAUCUUUCUGGCACUUGAUGGUAAAGAUGAUGAUGAAAGUAAGAAAAUGUUACUUGAACCAGAGGAAGUAUUUCAAAGGAAAUCUUUGUCCAUUGAAAUCAACUGGGGUAUCAGAUUUGAUAACAUUGCAGAGAUUGACCAAUUUUUAGACCGUUGCUCUGUAUAUUUGAUUGAAAAAUUGAUUGAGCUAGAUAAAGUGACGUCUCAAAUCACUUUAAAAAUUAUGAAGAGAGCAAAAGAUGCACCUAUCGAACCAACAAAGUAUUUAGGAAUGGGUAAGUGUGAUGGUUUUGCAAGUACAGCUAAGUUGGGUAUCCCUACUAGUGAAACUGGUGUUAUAGCCACUGAAUUGAAAAAUAUUUAUAGAUCUUUAGGUUGUCCUCCCAAAGAAUUAAGAGGAGUUUCCGUGCAAUUCAACAAAUUAUUGGACAAUGUGGGUAAAAAUCAAAGAGAAUUGGAUUUACCUUUCAGUAAGCUCGUUUUAAAGAGAAAAAUCGUGGAUAGUUUACCUGACUCAAUUCGUGGUAGCAUAAAUUCGGAGCUGAAGCGUAGAAAAAUUGAUGUAGUUGAUAAUAUUGAUAUCGAUAAUCCAGAAAUUAGAGAAAGAAAUAAAUAUUUUAAGAAAAUUUCACCUGUUAAGAAGGCAGAACAAGAUUUAUUUAAUACAUCUUUUGAGAAGGAUUUUAUUAACGAAUUACCCACACAAAUCAAGAAGGAAAUAACAAAUGACCUUCGAAUAAAGAAGAAAAUUCAAAAAACAAAAUUUGGACAGAUCAAAGAGCAGAUAGAAUUAAGAAAGCAAAAAGAAGACAAUAUCAAUGCACAUUUUCUAGGAAGUGAAAGUUUAUUAGAGCCUAUAAAAUUUCAGAAGAUUACGAACUUCAAGGUGAUUUCGGCAAUGAUUAUCACGUGGUUAAAUGAAACAAUUAAAAAUAAUAAAGGUCCGCAUGAGAAGGAUGUAAGGUUAUUUGAGAACUAUUUGAUAAAACUUAGUGAUUCAAAUAAAACACAUUUGGUUUUAAGAAUAACCGAAUUGAUAUCUGUCAAACUUAAUCUAUUUGCGAAUGCCUUUGGUGAUUCUGCUGGAUUUCAAGAAUGGGACAAGAUUUUGGUGAGAAAUGUGAUACCCAUACUUAAUAGGAAUAGACAUACCUUCCAAACAGAACGUAAGCUUGAUAUUGAAUUUAAUAUAUAG